AUGAUGCAGCACGGCUUCACCUUUUCAGGCGAGCGGAUUAUUCGACGACCGUACCAAGCCGAAGAGGUCGAUCAGAUCGCUGGCGAUAAGAACGAGACAGACAUCAACAUUUAUGAGCUCUCUUGCAAGCUCAUGAUAUUCUCCCAGACAAGAGCCAUCGUAUCACUCGUGGAUUGGCUCGAGAUGCCGGCCGAUCUCAAAUGGCGAGUACAAUCCUCUGCAUUUUCAGGCCUUUCGACGAGAAUAGUCAUGCCUUCCCAAACGAACGGCACCGCCAAAGGCCCAGGGCCGAAAAGAGACCCGAAGUCGGCCACAUACAACAUUUGGUUCUUCAUACCAAGUGUCGAGCUCAAAACUCACGACAAAAAUCCGGUCUUCGAACAUCCCUUGACGGGGUCCUGGCGCCCGAUGCCGGUAGGAGACAGCUUAUGGAUUAAGGAAGAACCGAGGCUGUUUUACAUGAAGUGGGAUGUCGCUGCCAAUAUGGUUCGAAUCUUUACUUCACUCCAACAGAUUGACUGGAUGAUUGCCACAUGUCUCGACGCUGAAAAUCUGGAUGUCCGUGCGGAUCCAUUCGUCUUGCUGACCGGUGCCUUCUCCGCGCUCCUAGACGUGUGCGUAAAGGAUUUCGCGUAUAUAUCAUCAAGGGAUCAGGACAAGAUCGACGCCGCUCUCAAGCUGCCGAUAGACAUCUCCGCGCAACAGGAAGAACAAGUCAAAGAAGACAUCAUCAACAUGCGGAGGCUCUUGCCGAUGCGACUCCGACGCUACAAGUACCUAGAGUUCCUGAACCGCAUCAUCAAGGAAGCCAUUGAGCACCACCAGCAUGCGCGGAGCACAUUUGAGAUUCCACAGCUUCCGUUUGAGCGCGUCCACUGCAACAUGCGCGCCAUCCUCAGCGUCACUGAAACGAUGAAGGCGGAGCUUGAGGCACAGAUGACAUUAUGGGAUAACUGCAUAUCCAGUCUAUCCAACCAUGUCAGCCUGAGAAACUUCAAGGCUAUCAACGCACACACCGACUCUCUUAACCGGAUAGCCGAGCUUGGCCGCAAGGAGAAUAUUGUUAUGACUGAUAUUUCGCGGGCGGCGAGAGUCGACAGUGAGGCCAUGAAGGUCAUCGCUAUGCUGACGAUGCUUUACCUACCAGCUACAUUUGUCGCAACGCUCUUUAGCAUGGGUAUAUUCCAUUUCGACUAUGAUAACGGCAAUUCAGGUCGGUUGGGUCUGUCUAGCCAAUGGUGGUUAUACGUCGUGAUCGCAUUGCCGUUGACGCUGAUGACCCUUUUUUCGUUUCGAUUCAUUUCGGAUCGCAACAAGAAGCAGCAGGCCAAGAUGUUGGAUGACCAGGAUAAGCAGGAGAAUUCGGAAUAG